CCCGCGCGUCCCCGGACGCCAGAUGUGCGGUGUCCGACGCCGCCCGUGACCCGGGCCGCGGCCGAGGCUGCGCGGGAGACCGUGAGCCCCUCCGCGUCCCUCCGAGGGGGUCCCGACACCCCCAGCCCGGUGCCCACUCCUGCGCUUCCCCGCCCGGCUCGCCCCGCGCCUGGACAUGGAAGGGGACGCUGCUGCGCCCGCGGCGGCCGACGGCCCCGACCUGGGGCUGGGGGCGCCGGGCUCUCCGCCGGAGGCGAUGGCCGGGGCAGCUGCAGCUCCCGUGGCGGAGGCGGUGACGGCGGUGGCGGCGGAGCCCAGGAAGCCGCACGGGGUGAAGCGACACCAUCACAAGCACAAUCUGAAACACCGCUACGAGCUGCAGGAGACCCUGGGCAAAGGCACCUACGGCAAAGUCAAAAGGGCCACCGAGCGGUUUUCGGGUCGUGUGGUUGCUAUAAAAUCCAUCCGUAAGGACAAAAUUAAAGACGAACAAGACAUGGUUCACAUCAGACGAGAGAUCGAGAUCAUGUCAUCCCUCAGCCAUCCUCAUAUCAUCAGUAUUUAUGAAGUGUUUGAGAACAAAGAUAAGAUUGUGAUCAUCAUGGAGUAUGCCAGCAAAGGGGAGCUGUAUGAUUACAUCAGCGAGCGGCGGCGCCUCAGUGAGAGGGAGACCAGACACUUCUUCCGGCAGAUCGUCUCCGCUGUGCAUUAUUGUCACAAGAAUGGUGUGGUCCACCGGGAUUUGAAGUUGGAAAAUAUACUGCUUGAUGACAACUGCAAUAUUAAGAUUGCUGACUUUGGGCUUUCCAACCUGUACCAGAAGGACAAGUUCUUGCAAACAUUUUGUGGGAGUCCACUCUAUGCUUCCCCUGAAAUCGUCAAUGGAAGGCCUUACCGGGGGCCAGAGGUGGACAGCUGGGCCCUGGGCGUGUUGCUUUACACUCUUGUGUACGGAACGAUGCCCUUUGAUGGUUUCGAUCACAAAAACCUGAUCCGCCAGAUCAGCAGCGGAGAAUACCGGGAGCCCACGCAACCCUCAGACGCUCGAGGGCUCAUUCGGUGGAUGCUGAUGGUGAACCCCGAUCGCCGGGCCACCAUUGAGGACAUCGCGAACCACUGGUGGGUGAACUGGGGCUACAAGAGCAGUGUCUGCGACUGCGAUGCCCUCUGUGACUCGGAGUCCCCGCUUCUGGCACGGAUCAUCGACUGGCAUCACCGUUCCACUGGGCUGCAGGCUGAGGCCGAAGCCAAUAGGAAGGGCCUGACCAAGCCUGGAGCGUCUGAGGUCAUGCUGGAGCGGCAGCGAUCGCUGAAGAAGUCCAAGAAGGAGAAUGACUUUGCUCAGUCUGGCCAGGACUCAGUGCCCGAAAGCCCCUCCAAGUUGAACUCCAAGAGGCCCAAGGGCAUCCUGAAGAAGCGAAGCAACAGUGAACACCGGUCACAUAGCACGGGCUUCAUUGAAGGCGUGGUAGGUCCUACCUUACCGUCUCCUUUUAAGAUGGAGCAGGACUUGUGCAGGACGGGUGUGCCCCUGCCUACCUCUCCCGAGGCAGACAUGCAGGGGAAACUCAGCCCCAAGCAGUCAGCCACCAUGCCCAAGAAAGGAAUCUUGAAAAAGACCCAGCAGAGAGAAUCAGGUUACUAUUCCUCACCAGAACGCAGUGAAUCCUCAGAGCUGCUCGACAGUCAGGACGUGAUGGGCAGUGGCCUCCCUUCCCCCAGCCUCCCAGACCCAGCCAGGGUGACGUCCCAUAGCCUGUCCUGCCGCCGGAAGGGCAUCUUGAAACACAGCAGCAAAUACUCAGCCGCCACCACGGACCUGGCCCUCACGGGUCCUGAAAUGCCCACACUGGAAUCCUUAUCACCAUCUGGGGUCCCCACCGAGGGCCUGUCACGGAGCUACAGCCGACCGUCCAGCGUCAUCAGCGACGACAGCGUCCUGUCCAGUGAUUCCUUUGAUCUGUUGGAUAUGCAGGAGAAUCGCCCGGUCUGCCAGCGCAUCCGAAGCUGUGUCUCCGCUGAAAACUUUCUCCAGCUCCAGGACUUUGAGGCGCUCCACAAUCGGCCCAGGCCCCAGUACCUGAAACGGUACCGGAAUCGGCUGGCGGACAGUAGCUUCUCCCUCCUCACGGACAUGGAUGACGUGACUCAGGUCUACAAGAAAGCGCUGGAGAUCUGCAGCAAGCUCAACUAAGCCCUCCAGGGCA